AUGUUUUUCAACACUGGAGGUGCAGCUCAAGCCUGGUGGGACGACAAGCACUGGGAUCACUGGUGUGGGGACGAAGGGGUUGAAGGGGCGGAAGAUGCGAAAGAGGUGCGUGUGGCCCUGGUUGAUACGGUAACGACCCCGGGCCUGGCCAGCAAGGUGAUGGCCAUGAAAAGCUUAAGGUGCCCAUUGGCCCAUGACGACACGGCCAUGCUGCGCGCCCUGUCCACGGCCGCCUUGGAGCACGCGCACACACGCGAGCUGGCGGAUGAGGUGCGCCAUACCCACACCAACGGCUCCGGGCCCGAUACCCUGGAUGAGGAGGACGACACCGACGAUGAUGAGGCCAACCUAAGUCGCCAAGGAUGUUUGAUGCGUUUGGGGCUUUGCAUUGGAUAUAUGAUCCCCACCUGGGGCCAUUUGAGUUUGGCCAACGUGGGGCGCUCGUGGGCGGCUGGCGCCUUCGCUUUAUGGCAUUGUUAUGUCAUCCUCUCCUCUUCUUUGCUCAUCUUUUUCAACGCUGCGGCGGCGUUGUUGCGGUGUUACAUCCAGUGGUUUUCGGGGAUCAGCAUGAAUUUGCAUGGCUGGCGAUAUUGCUGCAGCUUUGAUUUUCCCACGAUCACCUUCUUUUUCUGGACCUUGGUCAAGUGCUACCUGCUGCUGCAAGUCAGCAGCGACAUCCUUCGUUUCGCCUACCUUCUGUGCAAAGAUGCGUGGCGACCGGAUACCUUUGAAGCCUACAGGAGAUUAUUGGUGAGUGAUGCUUGGAAGGAGUUGGAUGAGGGGAAGUUCUACACCUACAGCUGGUCCGUCUGCCUCACUGGCUGUCAGAAAACCUGGGAUGUGAUCUUCCAAUGCUGGAUUCACUUUACGAUGGAUGUUGUGCCACUCUCCAUCUUUGCUUUGACCCUGGCAGAUGUGGGCGUGACGCGGGUCAGGGCCUGCCAAAUCAGCCUUGGCAUUGGCCUUUUUCACAUCUUGAUUUUCUACUUCCUGUGGGUGUUUGGUGAGGUCAGCAUGAAGAUCUUUUGCUUCCGUCGCGCCUGGGCCGCCGCCCGCAGCUUCGAGAACAGUUCGCGGCCGCCGCGCAUGACGGCGCCCUACACGGGGACGGUUUGGGGCACUUUGUCGAGGUCACCAAGGGAAACGUCGGCAGAAAGUCGUUCCAUUUGUGUGCUGUUGUGCACCAUCUUCCACUGGUUGGAGUUUCUGAUGCCGAUCGGUUUGGGACUCGUCAUCAUGACUGUUGGUUUUGUCAUCAAUCAAAGCAAUGUUGCCCUUUGCGGCGGCAUGUUCUUCUUCCUGUCAGCUCUUAUCAUGGCAUUCUCCCGCGCCCCUAACGACGAGAACGGCCUUUCCAACGGCGGUGGUGCCAAGUGCCGCUGGCCGCAGCCCAGGGCCGUGGCGCGGUGGUUUCCCAACGCAGAGGCCUUACAACUCUGGGGCGAACGCUGGUGUCGUUUGGGCUUCGAGUCCCAGAAGCGCCAGCGCUAUCAGUUCCUGCUGAUGCUCGCCUUCUCUGCCGUGGUCUUUGGCGCCUUCAGCUUCCGGGGCUUGGCUAUGACCUGUUUGUUCAUGGUCCUCCUGGUCUUCUUCCGGAUCCUUUGGAUGCGUUGUGAAGGAUCCAUGGGUUGGCUCUGGGCUUUCAUCGAGACCUUCGUGGAACUCAUUAUGCUGAUCUUCCUGAUCUCCGUUACCAGCCCGAAUGCCACGAAGGGGUUGCAAGAUGGUGCGGUGGUCUUUAUCUUGUGCAUCAUGCGGCAGUUCGGCUACCAACGUGAAAUCUGGUCUGGGGAGAGAGUGCGUUUGGCCUGCAGCAUCGUCCUCGGAAUCGUCCAUCUCCUUUUCGUGGUAUUGGUGUGCUUCGCAGUGGAGAGCUUCUGGAAGAAUGAGGAUUGGAGUGCAUUUGGCUCGGACAUUGAUAAGACCAAGUUUUACUCCAUUCCAACCUUCCCACCCUUCCAAUUCCCCAACUCCACCCUGCCACUGUGCUUGUUACGAUUUCCUCUUGGCGCUUCGGGCCUCGGCCGGCCGGCUGUCCCUCCGCAACAUUUUACCAGCAAGCACUACCCACAUGAUACACCCCACCAAUUGAGUCUGGGCGAUUUCGCACUGAUGGCCUCCUUGACGUACGAAAAUCGUAGUCGCUUCGAGUGGGGCUGUAAGCACUACUUCCCCGGUUGGCGAGUGGAGCAUCAGCCGGAAUCUGCCAGAGCUUUGGACUGGAUCCGAUUUCUGAUGCUCACUUCGGCGGACAACAGCACCACAGUCAUUGCGGUGCGUGGAACUCUGGAUAUGUUGGAUGUCCUGCAAGACGUGGCACUGUGGCUGGUGCCUGCGCUGAUGCAAAGCUGCAACUUCCUGGGCCCUGACGUGUCCUCUGGGGCCUGGGGGCAGGCCAUUUCAGGCCUCUCGAGAUUAGUGCCCUUGUCCUCCGAUCAUCCGGAUCGCUCGUUCUCCUCAGUGCUGAAAGCGGCGGAGUUCAUGAUGAGGACAUAUCCUGAGCGGCUCUUCUACUUGACAGGCCACUCCCUGGGGGGUGGCGUUGCCAAAUUGGUGGCUCUGAAGUUGAGCGCCGCGUUGCACGUGCCAACCACCGUGGCCUUCGCCGCCCCGGGCAUCCACCACGCGGCGCGGGUGCUGCUGGGCCAGCUGCAUCAGGAGCUGCACAACAAGCUGGAGAGUGAGUCCUUGACCACCUUAACGGUGAAGCCAAUGCACGACAUCGUCUCCCACAUUGAUUUGGACACAGGAAAUUCCGUGGUUGCGCCCUGCAUGGGAAAAGCCUACGAUUGCCAUAGCAUCUACAGGACCUUGUGGGGAAUCUUCAAGGUCUGCGCCUUGCUGAGAUCUGAGGAACCUCCGGAGGUAGACCUGGCAGAACCCUUCGGCCACAAUGGUGCAAGGGGCCCCGCCCUGGCCAAAGAAGCCUUCAGGGAUAGAGAUGUCCGGUUCGGAUGCUGCGCUAUGCUGCGUGCCCUGUCCCAAGCUGCGGUGGAAGCCCGUUCCACCGGCAGUUUCACCAACGCCACCCGCAGCAGUGGCCUGGAAGUUGACGUGGAAUCCUCUGAAGAUGAGGCGGAGAACAUCAGUUGGCACCGUUUGGCGCUGUGCAUUGGCGCCUGGAUCCCCACCUGGGGCCAUUUCACCUUCAGUUACCUUUUUCUAGCUGGCGACUUGGCUCCAAGAUGCUCCUCCAAGAAUGACAGGAUAGGUGGGACCCUGAUUUUCAUCAACUGCUGUACGACGCUUCUCUUCUUCUACUCUGACUGGUUUGCAGCUGGCAGCUCCGCUGAGCUCUGUAGUAUUCAUUACGAAGAUUUCCGGGAGUGCUGUAGCUUCACACUGUCGGUGGAAUUCAUGGGCGUGUUCCUCCGCUCCUGCAUCGUGCUGUCGGUAUCCGCCGAUCUCCUGCGCUUUGCAUAUUUGUUGAUGAUUGAUGCAUGGCGACCGGACGCCUUUGAGGCCUAUCGCAGGCUGGUGGUGUCGGAUGCCUGGGGUGAACUUGAUGCAGGAGAAUUCUACGUCCGGAGCUGGUCCAUGUCCUUGAGCAAAUGGCAGAAAACAGGCGACAUUGUCUUCCAAUUGGUGCUUCAUUUGACCUUGAACCUAAUUCCAAUUACGGGGCUCAUCAUUGGGAGCCUUGGGCUAGUUGAUCCCAUCACGGUGCGGAAACUGUGCUUGGCCAUUGGCAGUCUUCACAUCUUGGCCUUCUACUUCCUUUCCUUCCACGGCGAAGUAGCUCUGAAGCUCCGCGGCUUCCGCAAGGCCUGGGUCCUGGCUCGGAAUCUCAGCACUUCGGAGGUGAGUGCGCAGAUCACUUGGACACGAACGAAGAGUCGGGUGGUCUCCGAUGCGGCAGAACAACGAUCCAUUUGCGUCCUUUGCUGCACCAUCUUCCAGUGGUUGCAGUCUUUGAUGCCUAUUUUCAGUGGCAUUGCAGCGGCGAUUUUGGGUUUCAUCUUCCAUCGGCCUGGUCUGAUCGUGGUCGGCUGCGUGUGGAGUGCCUUGCUGCUUUUCAUCACCAUCCUCACCUGGCACAGCUGGGGAAACGACGAGGAGAACGCCUGCGCCCCGGAAAGCGUUCAUCGCUACUUCCCGUGCCCAGAGAUGCUUCAGGAGUGGGCGGAGAAAUGGUGCAAUCUUGGGUUUCAAGCACAGGUUCUACACCGAUACCAUUCCACUGUGAUGUUGGGUAUUUCUGCCGCUAUUUUUGGAGCUUUUGGUUUCCAUUCUUUGACCAUCACCUGCCUAACCCUUUUGACUUUUGCGAUGACCCGCAUUCUAUGGUUGCAAGCCGAAGGGAGCUUAGGAUGGUUUUAUGCCUUUGUGGAAUUGCUGAUCACCACUAUUGGCAUGGCAAUGGUUCUGGUUUCGUCCUGCUCUGGAAAUCCAUUCAAAGACCUGCUGAUCUUCAUGUGUUUGUCCGUCUUGCGGCAUUUCGGAUUUCAGCGGGGUACUUCAGCUGGCGAGAGGGUCAGGGUGUCAGGUGCUAUCAUCUUCGGAUUUGUUCACAUGUUUUUCGUUUUGCUGACCUGUUUCGCCCUCCGAACCUUCUGGAAAGAUGAGAGCUGGAGUGCCUUUAGCUUCGAGACGGAACCGCAGUUCCUGACCAUCCCGCAGCAUCCAGACGUGAACCGCUCGGCCGAGUGGCCGUUGUGCCUGCUGCGUUUCCGCUUCGGUCCUGGACCUUUGCAGGAUCUCAGGCCCGCGGAGCUGCUGAGCGUGGCAGAUUUCGCCCUGAUGGCAUCCUUGAGCUAUGAAGCUCCCCUGCGUGCUGAGGAGGCAUGUUCCCACUACUUCCCCCGCUGGCGGGUGGAACAACGCCCUGAAAAGCAGCGGGUCAUGGACUGGUCCCGCUUUCUGAUGUUGACCUCCGAGGACAACAGCACCACAGUGAUCACGGUACGUGGUACUUUGGAUUUCCUGGAUGUCCUACAGGACGUGGCCUUGUGGCUGGUGCCCGCCUUGAUGGAAGGCCUCAAUAAGCUGGGGCCGGACAUUUCCACCGGAAACUGGGGCAAAUCGAUUUCGGAGUAUGCUGAGCUCUUUCCGUCAACGCGUGUGGCUGCAGACCACACCUUUAAGUCCGUGCUAGAAGCCACACACUUAAUGAUCCAAUCCCAUCCGUCCAGGCGUUUCUUCCUCACUGGGCAUUCCUUAGGCGGUGGCAUCGCCAAAAUGGUCGCGCUGCAGAUUCCCAUCGCCUCGCGACCGCUGGCCAUCGCCUUUGCAUCUCCCGGGGUGCAGGACGCGGCGCGGGUGCUCUUUGGACACGAAAACCAUGAUGGGCCGAUCCAGACCAGGCUGGAGGACCUCCAGCAGAGCUUGUUGGACGUGGUGCCUCGUCACGAUCUGAUCUCGCUGAUCGACCAAGAUCCGGGGAAUACCUUGAUCGCUCCCUGCGAGGGCCAUCCCUGGCAGUGCCACAGCAUCUUUCGUAUCCUUUGGGGCAUUUUCUCCGCCUGCGGCUCCAUGACCUUCAAAAACCUCACGCUGCCCUGUGAAGCUUUCCGGGCGGCCAUUCCGGACGCCUGUUGAGCGGCCAGCUAUGGCCUGCCCUUGGUCCAGAGGUUCAAAGAUAACUUCCAGCCAUGUUUUGUUUUUGUUUUCCUGGGGGAUCAUUGUCCUCAACUGACUUUCGAUGACUCUUUGGCACUCUUUGGGUUAAGAAUGGUUGAAGAGUCAAAGCU